AUGAAGAAUGGUCGCAUGUCAUUGAAGCGCAAGUUCAUUUCUGCUGGCGUUUUUAAAGCAGAAUUGGACGAAUUCCUCCGUCGUGAACUGGCUGAGGAUGGCUAUAGUGGUGUUAAGGUCAGAUCUAAUGAGCGUCACACGGAAAUUAUCAUUUCAGCCACCAAAACUCAGGCUGUUCUUGGUGAGCAAUCACGCCGCCUUAGAGAACUCACUUCUCUUCUCCAGAAGCGAACUCGCGGCAAUAAGACUAUCGAGCUUUUCGUCGAAAAGAUGCUCACUCGCAGUUUGAGCGCUACCACUCAGGCUGAGUCCCUUCGUUACAAGCUUACUGGUGGUCUUCCAGUUAGAAAGUAUGUUUCUUAUAAAGGUAUUUUGAUUCGAUUCUUUAGGGCUUGCUACAGCGUUCUCCGUUUCAUUAUGGAGGCCGGAGCCAAGGGCGCUGAAGUGAUAGUUUCUGGCAAGAUUAAGGGUCAGCGCGCAAAGUCAAUGAAAUUUAGUGAUGGACUUAUGAUCCACUCCGGUGACCCAGUCAACUAUUACAUCGAUCGUGCCGUAAGACACGUUCGCCUUCCCCAGGGCAUUCUUGGUAUUCGUGUAAAGAUCAUGUUAAACCAUGAUCCCGCCGGAAGAACCGGGCCAAGAAAGGCUCUGCCUGACUUUGUGCACAUUCUUGCUCCUAAGGAAGAGGCCAAGGUAGAAGCUCCUCAGUGCAUCCCAAGAAACCCAGCUGCUAAAAUGAAUAAAUAA